GCAACGCGACCCCGGAAAUAACCCGCUCAGCUCACAGGUCGUUCAGCAGGACCUGCUGGUUCUCCGCCUGAGGUUCCGCUCUUUACAGCUUUAUUAGUGUUAUUAUAUAAUUAUUAUCUAAUUAUUGAGAUGUCGGAGCCGCGGGGGGAGAAGCAGAGCAAGAAGAAGAAGAGGAAGGAGAGGAAGAGGAGGGAGGAGGAGGAGGAGCAGGAGGAGGAGGAGGAGGAGCGGGGGGAGUCUAAGGAGAACAGCGAGAGGGUGAUCCUGCGGGGAAUCUUCAAGGUGGGGAAGAAGAGUCACGACGUCCUGCUGAGCCAGACCAGACUGACCUGGACCCCCAUCGUCCCGGAGACGCCCACAGGUGAGGCGGCGCCGCGGCGGCCAGGUGUGCUGCGGCUGCAGGACGUGUUCUCCGUGAAGGUGAAGCGGCGUCGGGCGGCGGGCCAGGUGGGCGGGGCCGUUCUGGGCGUGGCCUUGUUCUGGUGCCGCCGGAGGGGGCGGAGACUGGAGGAGGAGACGCUGCACCUGCACAACGCCUCGGUGGAGACGACACACACCUGGUACGAGCAGGUGAAGGAGCUGAUAGCAGGGUUCCCCAGCCGGCCCAGGGCUCUGAAGGUCUUCAUCAACCCCAGCAGCCACAAGAAGGAGGCCGUGCACGUCUACAGAGAACAUGUGGCCCCUCUGUUCAAGAUGGCCGACAUCCGCACCGACAUCACGGUGACGGAGAGGAAGGGCCAUGCGCUGUCUGUGAUCAAGGAGUGUAAACUGGAUCAGUUUGAUGGGGUGGUUUGUGUCGGGGGGGACGGCUCCGUGGCUGAACUGUGUCACGCUCUCGUCCUCCGAGCUCAGCUGGACGCAGACCAACCGGAGAAACCAGUGAGACCAGCAAUCCCAGUGGGGAUCAUUCCUGCUGGUUCUACAGACGUGGUUUCCUGUUCGGUUCACGGAGUCAGAGACCCGGUAACGGCCGCGCUGCACAUCGUCCUGGGUCACCUGCAGCAGGUGGACAUGUGCAGCUUCUGGUGUCUCGGUGAGCUGCUGCGUUUCGGCUUCUCUGCCAUGUUCGGGUUCGGAGGCCGGAGCUUAGCGCGAGCAGAGAAGAAGAGGUGGAUGCCGUCGACGCAGCGACGCGAGUACGCUCUGGUGAAGACGCUGGCCAAACUCAGACCAGAAGAAUGUCAGCUGUCUUUUUUACCAGCGAAGAAAUCAAACCACUCGCUUUUUGGAUGUCGAGGUCAUGACCAGGACCAGGACCAGGACCAGGACCAGAGCCGGGACCAGGACCAGGACCAGGAACCAGAGGGGGAGGAGUCCUGGAGAACCAAUCAGGGCCAGUAUCUGAGCAUCAGCAUCAUGUCCAUCCCCUGCCUGAGUCCUCACGCUCCGCGAGGUCUGGCCCCCAACACCAGCGUAGCCAACGGCAGCGCGUCGCUGAUCGCGGUACAAAACGCUUCCAGGUCAGAGUUCGUGAAACACCUGAAGAGAUUCAACAGCUCCGGGGGAGAGUUCAGCUUCUCAUUCGUGGAGAUUCAGCCCGUGGCGGCGGUGAGGCUCCGCCCCCGCUCUGUGAUUGGCUGUGAGGACGACAGUGAGGACGAGGGCGAAGCUAAAACAUCUCCCAUCAUGCACCGGGGCGAGGGCGACCCUAAAACAUCUCCCAUCAUGCACCGGGGCAGAGCCGCCUUCCCCUGGAACAUCGACGGGGAGCUGCUGGAGGUGGCCGGGGAGGUGCUAGUGAGAGUUCAUCCCAGACUCAUCUUCCUGUACGGAGAAGAGGUGGAUGAAGCCGAGUCGUCCGUCUCCUGCAGCUGCUUCUAGUCGCCGCGGCAACAGCAUCACGUUUCCACGGCAACAUCACCACGUUUCCACGGCAACAUCGCCACUUUUCCACGGCAACAUCACCACGUCUCCACGGCAACAGCGUCACGUUUCCACGGCAACAUCGUCACGUUUCCACGGCAACAUCAUCGUCACGUUUCCACGGCAACAUCGUCACGUUUCCACUGCAACAUCGUCACGUUUCCACGGCAACAUCGUCACGUUUCCACGGCAACAUCAUCGUCACGUUUCCACGGCAACAGCGUCACGUUUCCACGGCAACAUCGUCACGUUUCCACGGCAACAUCAUCGUCACGUUUCCACUGCAACAUCGUCACGUUUCCACGGCAACAUCAUGACGUUUCCACGGCAACAUCGUCACGUUUCCACGGCAACAGCAUCACGUUUCCACGGCAACAGCAUCACGUUUCCACGGCAACGCGACUUCAGCUCCGCUGGGAUGUUCAGCAGAAAAGCAGCUCUAACUAAACUAACUGCUUUAUGAUUUAAACGUUAGAGUUCAAGGCUGUUUUAUAUUUUAACUGUUUACAUUUGUACAAAUACAAGCUUGUUUCUUUAACUCUAAUGUUUGGUUCUGCAGCAGAAAAUGAAACUUAUCGUUUCCUGUGAAGUGAUUAUCUUCUGUCUAGGUUUAGUUUUACUGCUGUCGGGGCUUAUUGAUUAUUGAUUCCUGUUUUCUACUGAUCAGAACCAGGACACGUUUUAUAUUUGAGCUGUUUUUAAACUUCUUUUAUUUUGAUAAAGUUCUGCUCCUAGUGAGGAAAAAAAACAAGAUGCUGUUUCUAAAAAAAACUUUAUUGCAAUUCAAAUAAAAGCAGCGAUAUUCUCCAGUGCUCAAUAAUUCAGAUUUAACAGAGUAAAGCGUGUUUUUCUACGACAGAAACAGAGCGAAGCUUUAGCUGCAUUCACAGAACACAAGAAUCUGAAAUCUGAAAAUACUUUUUAGGACAUUUUUCUAUGCAACUGAUUUUUAAGCCAUUAAAACUAAUUCUCUUUUUUCUGCAUUUACUAGGAAGUUCAGACAAAGCUCAUUUGAAAAGCACCG